AUGGUACGUUGUGGUCUCUCUAAUUUCUUCCUUAAGUCUUCAUCCCACAAGUCUUGGAAUUCAAUAUAUGAAUUUACUGUUAAAGAUAUCAAUGGUGUGGAUGUCUCCUUAGAGAAAUACCGUGGUCACGUUUGUCUAAUUGUUAACGUCGCUUGUAAGUGA